GCCGGUCCAUGCUGGUCCCCGUCUUUGUUCUGGGGCCAGCGCGGAGACAUGCGCGGCUGAGGAUGGAGGUGGAGGACUCCGGCGGGGUGGUGCUGACCGCCUACCACUCGUACGCGCGCUCCCAGCCGCCCAGCACCGAGCCGCGCUGCGUGCCCCGGGCCGCCGCCAGCCACCCGCUCAGCAGAAAAUCCAUUCCUCGUUGCCGAAGAAUUAACAGGAUGCUCUCCAAUGAGUCCCUACAUUCCCCUGCAUUUAGCCGCUCCAACUCUCAAGCUUCAGUAGACAGUGCAUCUAUGGAGGACUUCUGGCGGGAAAUAGAGAACCUUAAAGAGCACAGCAUCCUGGAAGGACAGGAGGAACAGCCGUCCACUCCCACUGAGGUCAAGCCUCUGGAUGAAGGAGAACUUGAAGCAGAGUGGCUACAAGAUGUGGGUCUGUCUACUCUGAUCUCUGGUGAUGAAGAGGAAGAUGGCAAAGCCCUGCUUUCAACCUUGACUCGAACGCAAGCAGCUGCAGUAAAGAAGAGAUACAACACCUACACCCAAACCAUGAGGAAAAAGAACAAGCAGUCUGUGCGGGAUGUCAGAGAUAUCUUUGGAGUCAGUGAAUCUCCUCCAGAUGACUCUUGUGACAACCAUGCCACUCCGUUGGAAGGCACUGAGGAAGAAAAAGAACUACCAGAAGUUCCCAAAACAAGAGGUUCUUCGCCAGAUGGUGCUUCUCUCAACAGUACUGCCCUGUCCGACGGGUCCCAGGAUGAAGAUGGGAGUCUUGUAGAUCCCAGCAGUGACUCCAGGUCUAGACUUGAGGCUCUUCCUGAUAUUCCAGCUCAUUCCAAUGGAUCUGCAGACUCUGGGCAGUCAGUUUCGAAUGAACUGCACAAUGGUGGUUAUCUAGAAAAGAACAUUCCAGCAGAGGCGGAAGAGCUGUCCUUUGAAAUAUCGUAUUCAGAAAUGAUUGCAGAUGCUCCAAAAAGAAAUAAGUGUAAGAAGUCUGAGAUUAAGAAAGAAGAGUGUGCUUUAACUAAAUUUUUUAUACAGAAAACCAGAUUUGGGUUAACUGAAGCAGGAGAUUUGUCUGCAGAAGACAUGAAGAAAAUCCGCCAUCUGUCUCUGAUUGAAUUGACUGCCUUUUUUGACGCCUUCAGAAUUCAGCUAAAAAGAAGCAAAACAGAAAAAGUGAAAGGGCGAGACAAUGGGAUUUUUGGAGUGCCACUUACAGUUCUCCUGGAAAAUGAUCGAAAGAAAGAUCCUGGAGUGAAAGUCCCGUUUGUAUUACAAAAAUUUUUUGAGAAAGUUGAAGAAUCAGGUCUGGAGUCUGAAGGAAUUUUUCGGCUUUCAGGAUGUACUGCCAAGGUCAAGCAAUACCGUGAAGAACUGGAUGCCAAAUUUAAUGCCGAUAAAUUUAAAUGGGACAAAAUGUGCCAUAGAGAAGCUGCUGUCAUGCUGAAAGCAUUUUUCCGAGAACUACCCACCUCUCUCUUCCCCGUGGAAUACAUCCCUGCCUUCAUCACUCUAUUGGAAAGAGGGCCUCACAUAAGAGUGCAGUUUCAAGCCUUACACCUCAUGGUCAUGGCCCUGCCUGAUGCCAACCGAGACACAGCCCAGGCCUUGAUGAAAUUCUUCAGUAAAGUGAUUGCCAACGAAUCAAAAAACCGAAUGAGUGUGUGGAACAUUUCCACUGUGAUGGCGCCAAACCUCUUCUUCAGCAGAAGCAAACACUCCGACUGUGAAGAGCUACAGUUAGCAAACACCGCAGCGCACAUCAUCCGGCUCAUGCUCAAGUAUCAGAACAUUCUGUGGAAGGUUCCAUCUUUCUUGAUCACCCAAGUCAGAAGGAUGAAUGAAGCCACCAUGUUGUUAAAGAAACAGCUCCCAAGUAUGAAAAAGCUACUCAGGAGGAAGACCAUAGAACGGGAGGUUACAAGCCCCAAGACCUCAAAGGUACUGCAGAAAUCACCCUCUUCACGAAGAAUGUCGGACGUACCAGAAGGGGUCAUACGAGUCCACGCUCCACUUCUGUCCAAGGUUUCCAUGGCCAUUCAACUCAACAGUCAAACCAAAGCCAAAGAUAUACUGGCGAAAUUUCAGUAUGAGAACAGUCAUAGUUCAUCUGAAUGUAUUAAAAUGCAGAACCAAAGGUUAUAUGAAGUUGGAGGAAAUAUAGGACAGCAUUGUUUGGAUCCUGAUGCAUACAUAUUGGACGUGUAUCAUGUAAAUCCUCAUGCAGAAUGGGUGAUUAAACCCCAACCAAGACUUUGAAAAAAAAAAAGCCCAGAAUGGCUAUUGUCAUGUAUUAUAUGACAAAAAAAAAAAUCCUGGCUUGGUUGGUGGGGGAAAACAACACUGCCUUGACCGGUUUGUUCCUGUAGACCUCUCUGUGAUUUGCCUUCCUGAAGGAUGGUGUCUCCACCUCUGUUGACAAGAACUAUGGAAGGUAGCUGGCCCACACUAGGAGCCAGAUGUUCUCAUCGGUUUUCCUUGAGAAGAGGAAAGGAGGCGUGGUCCAUCCAGAAGAAAGGCCCAUAUGGAAUACAGAACCACCACUUGCCUUCCCUUGACUUUGCAGCAGAUAUUAACUUGGACCUACUACAGCUGGGGAUCAGCAGCACUUCCUGCUGUAGCCUGUGCCACUACACACAAGACGUGAAGAGACCUUCUUUUUUAUACUUUGUUCUAUACCCAUUUCACCUUAUUUGAGCAAGAAUGCCAGAAAUAGCCUUAAUUUCUGUCCUACAAAGAAUCCAGAUCUACUCUCCAAAGGGAAUCAGUUUCUAACACGACACACACAAUAUUGCUUGUGUUGGAGGAGGAACUUCAGUCUGAUGAAAAGUGUUAUUAU